AUGCGACGGUGCUUGACGGCGCGGCUUACGUUUCAACGCCUGCUUUGCGGCGACGCGUCAUCACUGAACGAUGCCACGGCUGCUCAGAAAGCUGCACAGGCCUUCCGCACGCGCUACCCCCUCGCCCCGGUCCCUGUUCCCAUUGGGGCAGCACUGGGCAGGAGCUACCUUCUACAGGGCAAAAUGAGGCGGGCAGUGGCGUUGCUUGCUUCGCAUCCAUCGGCACGGGCACUGGCGGAGGCGACGAGGCAGCUGCUUGCUCACGAUUGUAGCGUGGACGCGGAUGCACUUCUGCAGUUUGUUGACGCGGUCCGCCCCGUUUCAUCGGUGAUCUCGUGUGAUUUCCUUGGUGUUUUUGCGGGUCGUCUAGCGAGGGCAGGGAAGACGCAGGAGGUGAAGCAGCGGUUGUUGAGGGACAUUCGCGAGGCGCCUCAUCUUGCCGGUACCCUGCUGCGUUCCUUGACGGAGCUGAGCGAUCCUGCAAACUUGGAGGAUAGGCACAACGUGGCGGAGGCCAUGAACAUCGCCCUGGCGCAAUCGUUCGUUAGCCCAAUGGACUACGGCCCUGUUCUCCUGCUGCUCUCACGCGGCGGCGAGCAUCGAAAGGUACUGGCUUUAUGGUCCUGGAUGCGACACUCCUCUGCUCGGUGGGACCAAACGGCGGCUUCUGCCGUGAUUAUUUCAGCGUCUCUCUCACGGAAAAUGAAUGUUGCCAUUGCCGUCAUUCAGAGUUUGGCAGAAGCCAACGAGGACCCCACCAUCGAGGCACAGAAACACUUUAUACAACACUUGGCUUCCCGUUUCCCUCCAUUGCCACGCUACGCAGAUCAGCUCGUGACACACUGGCACACCGACGCACAGUUAUGGGCAACCGGAGCGCGGGUGGUGGGGGUGGAGCUGCUCUUUGCGUAUUAUCAUGUCAAGGAGUACGAACCGCUGCGAGAUUGGCUUAUUAGGGCCGCGACGAAUGCCGCCACGGAGGAGGCAAAGCAGGCCAUACUUCGAGUGAAGGGGAUACCCUACAUUAUGCGACAUUUUGCUUCUAGUAUCGCUGAGGAGCCAUGGCUUGAAGAUUUUUACGUCGCUGGGAUGCAUAUGGAAGAUCUUGGCGAGUACCCGCAGCUCUUGGGGUUGUUGUCAACUCUCGCACGCCACAGGAAGGCAGAGGAAGAGCUUAUGGAUGCUAUCAGAGGCCUGCAAAUGAGUGUGGAGGCCUUUGAUGAGAUGGCAACGUUUGUGGCGGACGACAUUUUCUUUAGAAAUGCAGAAGACACACUGCAAUUUAUUCACAAUAUGGCGGAGGCGCUAUCGCAGCAGGUUCCCACUAAUGUGCGCAGCUGGCUGCAGCUUCUUGGACAAGGAUAA